CGUUAAAAUGGAACCUGUUGAAAUUGUAAAUGGGAUUGGUCUGGAACCAACUCUAGUGGAAAAUCCUGUUGUGGCCAUGCCAAUUGUCAACAGUGUUCCGACUCCUGAAGCUGGUGAUGCUCCAUUGCUUGUGAAACCCAAAUUAGAAGGUGUGGUGGCAUUGUGAUUUUUCUAUCCUUCACUAAAAUCAGCUUUUUGGGUUCAGCUAUAUUUGAAUUUUGACUCCAAACAAUAUAUUAAAUAAUGAAACCAAUGAUGAAUCAAUUUAGAGUAUUCAUUUUCAAAUGAGAUUUGAGACCAUGCACCAAAAUGUAUAUUUUCUUAAAAAAAUAAUGUUCAUUUGAAAAAAAAUGAUUUUUCAAAGCUGAUUUGUGUUGGAGGACCCCGCUUUGCAUUCAUUCACUUACUUGCAGUAUUACUUUAAAUUACAGAACUGUGAACUGAUUUCAUAUUUAUAUAAUUAUUUAAUGAAUUUGUACAAUAUCAGAGUAUGAAAUUCGUUCACAGUUUUGUUAAUUUAACAUGUGAACUCCUAAAUCAUUAUAUGACCGCAUUAUUCCUGUUAAACAUUUUAGGAAUUUUCAUGUUUGAUAUAUGUACUAGAAUAGGUUUCAAUGGAUGUUUUUCUCUGUUUUCUGUAUUUUGAGAGUCUCGACAUCAAGAACUGCAGCGAUUGGGAUGCCGGCAGUGAAUGAGAAUAGCAAAUGAGAUGAGAUCUCGAGUUUGGGAGUCAUCCGUCCUGUACACCUCAAUGCCAGCUUUAUCUUAUGACGAAUUGUACACUUGAUUGAGAUGCUAGUACAAGAAGUUAUAUGUACCUGUAUUAUCAAAAUGUUCCCUUAGUUUAUAUAAAUAUUUAUUUCGUAGUGUCAUCGUAUUAUGCAAGAAGAAUUGAUAGAACAUGAAUUCAUAACUUGAUCUGUUCUCUUUACCCAUGUGUCAUUGAAAACUGAUUUGCUCAAGUGUCCUAAUUGAAUUAUUCAAAGGAGAUUUCAUGGUAGUUUUGUCUGUAGACAGUAGCUGAAAAACUAACGCAAGUAGUUCAGGCUUUAAGCACCUGCCAAUACAUUUCAUAUACAUGACUUAUUAUUGAUUUUAAUUAGAAAAAGAAUCGAAGCAAACCUUUUUUUACUUUUGUGAAAGAAAGUAUUUCUCACAGGCAGAUAUUUCUGUUCUGUAUUUUCAGUGCUGGCUCUGUCAGAUCAUUCUGAGCCGAAGCUCUCAAAAACUUGGAUGGGUGAUGUGGAAAGUGGACAGGAAAAGGGAUCUUCUUGAGAGAAAAAUUCCUUUGUCUGCUUCCAAAAAAAGUUCUACUUCUUCAACUGAUCUUUCAAAUUGUUUCAAACAGUUUAUAACUUUAAAGAAUUUGAUAUUUAAAUUUUUUAUAAAUUUUAUUGUUCAUUUAAAAGUUAGGACAAGGUGCUUGAAAGAUAUUAAAUUUAUCAUUUCAGAUAAAACUAAAGAGGAAAGACAUACAAUGUAGAGGGCGGCAAUGAAUGUCAUGAAUUGGGUAUUUGGCACUGCUGUAAAAUAAAUUUGACUAAUUCUUAUAUCAGAAAUGAAGUGUAUCAUUCUGGAGAUCCCUUUAAAGUAGCAAAAAUUAUAUGAACUUCUGUGAAGAUGACAAUUUGCAAGGGAACAAGAUAUUAUCUAUGUAUUGAUUGUUUGGCCAUUGAAAAUCAUGUAAAAAGACAGUUCAAAAUCAACCUAAACUUGAAUGAAAACGAAUGGCUUCAAUGUGUAGUCGAGGUAUAAUGGCAAACUGCAAGAUGAUGAGUAGGGAUUUUGGGUCGGGUUAAGGGCAAACCUUUGCUCUGUUUGUUUUUCCAGGUGUCUACUUUCAUAGGCAAUACAUGUAGGUGGCCCUGCUGCUGUAACACUGGCUGACAGAAGUGGGUGUGGGCUUGUGCCCGGGGCUGAUACGCUGGUGACCAAAGUCCAGAGAGCUGUCAUUUCUUCUUUUCUAUUUCAGGAUCAUAUGUUCUUUUUGUCUUUUUCAGGAUAAUAUUUUAUUUCAGAAACAAUCAGACUAAAAUUUAUGUAUUCAAUAUAUAUCUUUUAUACAUCACUUGAUAUUGAUAAUUGAGCAGAUUUAACUUCUAAAAUACUAGCAUUCCCUUAAACUUGAUGAUCAUCUUAGCUCAGCAAAACCAUAAUCAUUACAUUAACAUGUAAUUAUUGCAAUGCAAAUCUUGCACCUUCAAUUUAAUCAUGUUUCAUGGUACACGUACACUAAUGUUCGAGGACAUUUGCCACAAUUUUUCAACCCCAUUUGCUGAAAUAUUGACUGAAGUCUAUUCACUUUUAGCUUGUCUGUUUUCAAAAGGAGAAAACAACUCCAGACAUGCAAAUCAAGACCUAUAGAUAUAUUUAUAUAUAGGUUUUAUUGGAUGUCUUUAAGGAAUUUAGGAUAAAUGGACAUUUGUUGACACAUGAAAAUAUUUGUGUUUCCUUCUUUUCUGUAUUUUUAUGUGGCUAGCAAUAUUGGGCUUGUCUUGAGAGCAGACGACUAUAUCCGCCGCCCUAACAGCCUUUUCACAAUGAACUCGUACAGACAAUGGAUGACAUACCUCAGAGUGAUAUGUCAGGGCCCGUUCUCGAGGGCCCGGGUGCAAAAAGGGAGCUGAAGCCGUUCACUCUGCCCAAACUAUCCUCCACACAGGCGGACGCCCUCCAGUCCUCAAAGAAGUAUGCUAUGGAGGCCAGCAUUAAGAGCGUCCUCGUUAAACAGACUAUAGCCCAUCAACACCAGCAAAUGCAAAACUUCCAGAAUACAGUCCAGAGGCAGCAGGCUUUGGCUUUGAUGUGCAGGAUAUACGUAGGCAGUAUUAACUUUGAAAUCAAAGAAGACACAAUAAAACAGGCAUUCCUGCCGUUCGGCCCAAUCAAGAGCGUUAACCUGUCCUGGGAUCCAAUCACAAACAAGCACAAGGGUUUUGCUUUCAUCGAGUAUGAUAUUCCGGAAGCGGCACAGCUUUCGCUCGAACAGAUGAACGGAGUUAUGAUUGGGGGCAGGAAUAUCAAGGUGGUUGGUCGCCCUAGCAACAUGCCCCAGGCUCAGCCAAUCAUUGAGCAGAUUGCCCACGAGGCAAAAAAUUACAACAGAAUAUACAUCGCAUCCAUACACCCUGACCUCACAGAGAAAGAUAUUGCCAGUGUGUUUGAAGCAUUUGGCAAGAUAGUGAAUUGCAUGUUGAUAACUGACCCCACAUCAAAAGGAGGGACCAAACACAAGGGUUAUGGAUUCAUAGAGUAUACCAAUUCACAGUCAGCCCAGGAUGCAGUCGCCUCUAUGAACCUGUUUGACCUCGGUGGACAGUACCUCAGAGUAGGAAGGGCGAUCACUCCCCCGGAUGUGUUAAUGGCACCUCAAACCAUCGCAGGCCUUGGAGCAAUGCCAACCGCGGCUGCUGUUGCUGCUGCUGCUGUCACUGCUAAAAUCACCGCCAUGGACGCACAAAUACAGCUUAUGCCUCCAGGUGUGGUGAACCCAACCCUAGGUGGUGUGUCCAACAGCCCCAAACUGGGAGGCCAGGCGGACCUUGCUAUGAUAGGAGGUCCCGGUGUGGUCAUACCACAGUCCCUGGGGGCGGGCACCACUAUGGCAUCAAUACCACCGCCCGGGCUCGUCUCCACACCUCUCAGUGUUGUUGCCACACCCCAAGUGGUGGCAUCAGACCCGAAUGCGCACAUGCAGGCAGCCAUCUCGGCUCUCGUACAGGAGGAAAAGCGUCAACUCCAGGUGAAGGAGAAGGAAGAGCUGCAGAAGAAGGUUGCUGAGGACGAGGUGAAUCAGACCCUUGAACAGCAGGAAACCAUGAAAAUCUCUGGCAGUAACGCACGGCACAUGGUCAUGCAGAAACUCAUGAGACAGUCACAGAGUCGAGUUAUGGUUUUAAAAAACAUGGUCGGCCCUGACGACCUUGAUGACCAGUUGGAGGGUGAGGUAACUGAUGAGUGUGGAAAAUAUGGAAACGUGAACCGGGUGAUCAUAUACCAGGAGAAACAGGGCGAGGAGGAGGACGCGGAGGUCAUCGUCAAGUUAUUUGUGGAGUUUGUUGAAUCUUCAGAGGUGGAGAAAGGUUGUCAAGCUUUAAAUGGACGUUAUUUCGGAGGACGAGUUGUGCAAGCUGAAAAAUAUGACCAAGACUUGUUUGAUGCACACGACUUGUCAGGAUGAAAAAAGUGUGAAAGCUGUUAUUCAUUUUUACCUACCAUCUGUGCAAUCAAUUGUGAUGGAAAUGACAGUGGUUUAACCAUGUGCAUCCAACCUGCAGUGAAUCAGAGUGAAUCGUGUUCUUCAUGGAAAAAAGAAUGUCGACUAAAUGGUUGAAUGUAAACUACUAAGAGUAGUUAGUUCUCUCUCAGGUUAACGGGGUUAACAUGCAGUACUGAAUAAGGCUUGAAGUUGUUCAUAUGAUGCAUGUAUGGCCAAAGUGAAUCAAGAGUUUUCAUCAAUUGUGGUGAUAGUUGUGCAUGUGUGAGCUAAAACUCCCCAAAGAUCUCGAGCUGACCUUUUUAAUUAGAAGGCUUUUGUUAGUCUGAAAAUCUGUUGUUUUCUGGAGUCCAGCAUCAUGUGUUAAGGAAUGCAUAUGAUAUUGUUCCAAAAAUGCAGAAGUACAACAAUUGAUUCUAAAUUUCAAGGACAUGCUUAAAUUGAGUAUGUGUUAAGUGUAGUAUAUCUAUGCUACCUGCCAAAUGGUACUUACAUGACUUUAAAUGAAUGUUUUAUAUUUUAUGUAUAUGAAUAAAUAAUUGUUGACCAUU